AUGUGUGAGACUUUCAACUCUGUUAUCAGAGAUGCAAGAGACAAACCUAUCCUCACCCAAAUGGAAUGGAUGAGGAGGUACAUGAUGAGGAGAAAUAAUGAGAAGUGGGAGGACUCCAAGGAAAUCACAACCAACAUCACUCCAUAUGUGCAUAAGCUAUUUCAGAGGAUGAUCUAUGUGGCUAGGAAUUGCAUAAUUGAAGCUGCCAGGGAUGACACUUAUGAAGUGCAGCUGAAUGAUGACCGGGUUCUAGUUGACUUGCCAAAUUGGUCUUGUUCCUGCAAUCACUGGCAAUUAACAGGCAUCCCAUGUAUUCAUGCAUUUGCAUGCAUAAUGGAUCAGAGGGUUGAUGCUGAGCAGUUUGUCCACCCCUAUUACACUAUGGACACUUACAGAGCAGCAUAUGAGCCUGCAAUUCAACCUAUGCCAGGCCCAAAGAAUUGGGAGAGAGUGAACAUGAGAGAGCCUCAUCCACCAGCAUUCAAACAGCAGCCUGGAAGACCUAAACAGAAGAAGAGGAAGCUAGAACCUGGGGAGGGAACAUCUAGAACUGCAGGAAGGCCUCCUUUAAAUUCACCUUGGGUAGUUGAGCAAAGGAAGAAGAGGGAGAUCAAAGCUGCUAAGAAGAGUGCAAUAGGGGCUGGUCCAAACAACAUUGGGAAUAGGACUUUUCCCCAAGAGCAACCUGGCUGUGAACCAUUGAGUAAGAGGAAAGGUUCACACAGUCAACAAGGGCAGCCACAAGCCAAGCAUCACACCACCCCCUCUUCCAGCCAACCUGAACCCAAUGCUACUGGAGUGCAGACAAGGAGGGCUAAGCUGCUGACUUCCAGACAAGGAGGGCUGACACAAUGA